AUGCGGGGACUGCAGGGCAGCAGCUGGAGGCAGUUUGGCCACGCUGGCAGGGGCACAUACGAGUGGAUAACUAGCGAACCAAGCCUACCUCUUCAGGAAGCCCAGCUGCAGGGCACCCAGAGGAUAAGUUCCAGCAAAGAAGACGUGGAGCCCUUCCUGUGCAUCCUCCUUCCAGCCACCAUCGUGCUCUUCCUGGCCUUCCUGCUGCUCUUCCUGUACCGCCUGUGCAGGGCCCCGCGGCCCCAGGGCCAGGUUCUCAGCAUCGACCUCUCGCAGCAGCCGCCUGCGGGGGAGGAGACUGACUUCCUGCCGGGCUUGCCCUGGAGCGAGCAGGACUUCCCCUACUCUCCCCUGCCCAUGGAGGCCGCCCCCCUCUCCGCGGGUCUGCCGCCCUCCUAUGAAGAGGCCACCCGGAAUGCCCCCGGGGAAGAGGUCCCCGGUGUGGGCCUUCGGUAUGGAGAGGGGUCACCGGGACGGGAAGAGCCAGUAUAA